CUCUCUCUCUCUCUCUCUCUGUAGGGUUUGCAGGCCAGCAGCAAAAGGAGGGAAGCAUGGGGGACGAUUACGUCUAUCUGCCUCUCCAAGAUGCACUAUCCACCGUUAACCAGAAGAUUAAUCUCUUCGCCGUCGUCGUCGAGUGCGGGCUUCCCAAAAAGAGCCGAGGAUCAGAUUAUUUUUGCUCUCUGAAGAUAAUGGAUGAAUCGUUUCAACAGUGUGGUGUGACUGUUAACUUCUUUGCUCAUCAGGCGCAAAAUCUUCCACAUGUCAACUCAGCAGGAGACAUAAUUCGUCUACAUCGAAUCCUGAUGAAAAUCCAUAAGCAAGAGGUUCUUGGUCACUACAACAAGAAGUUUUCUUCGUUUGCACUGUUUGAGGGAAGGUCUGGAAAAGACUUUUCUCCAUAUCAAGCUUCUUCUCGUUUCCAGGUUACUAAGCAUGACAAGGUCUGCAUUGAGAAACUCAGAACCUGGUUGGCCACUCACAAUUAUGAUUCAGGAGUUAAUGAGUAUUCUCUACAAUUGAGAGAGUUAAAAGUGGGUGAAUAUUUUGAUCUAAUAUGCAAGGUUCUUCAUAUAUCCAAAGUUUCCGAAGAAGAAUCAAUUCUCUUUGUCUGGGAUGGGACAGAUGCUCCUCCAGCAUGCUUUGAGAUGCAGUUGGGUCCUCAAUCAGGUUCAUUUCCAUUGCAAUUGGAAGAAGUACCUCUAUCUAGGGACAUCUUGAGCACCUUUCCCUGUAUAGGAACUAUCUUGAGGAUAGUUACUGGGAAAUCCUUUGAUGAUACAUUGGUUCACCUAAAGGUCCUUGGACAGUGGGUAAAAUUUCGUAAUAUAACUUGUAGACAGAAAUUUGGAUUAUGGGAGGGUUUAGUGGUGGCUUCUAGCAGAAUAUUUCUUCUAUCUGAACAAGACAACAUUGCACAGUGUUGCCAAAGGAAAUAUGAUGAACGGCUAUUGCAUGAAGUGGAGCAUACGUCUCUUUGGAGUUUCCCAGCUCCAGCUGCAAUCACAGAAACUCAGUUGGAGCAUGUGGGUCUGUCAACACUAAUGGAAAUCCUCACUCAUUCAAAGGUGACUUGUAAAUACAAGUGUAUUGUCCGAAUCAUAGCAUCGUAUCCCUGGCUAGCUGAGGAUUUCCGCUCUCCAAAUUUUCCUCAUGUCUACAGAAUUAGGUUUACUCUGGAGGAUUCAACAGCAAGAAUUCAUGCUUAUCUAUAUGGUGAAGAUGGGGUGGAAUUUUUUGAAGGUUAUCCUCCUGCACAUUUAUUGACUGCCAAGAUGAACAAACUGCUGGGGUUAGAAGAUAAGAGCAUUGGUGAAGGUGGUGAGGUAGCUGCCACAAGAAAUCCACCAUGGGUGCAGGUUUGCAUCAAGUCCUAUUACCUGGACAAGAAUGAUCCUUGGGGAAGCAGGCAUUAUCGUAUAUGCAACACAAAGAUAGUUGGAUGAUGAGAAAUUAUUGUGUAAGCCAACUUGUUCUUUAGCUAAACCCCCACUUUUUGUUCUAUUUUAUUUUUCUGUUUUUAUUUGGGGUUUUCCCUGUUAAGAAGACCAGGCUUCUUGCAGCAGUUCGGUAGCUGGCGCCUGGCUUGAUGUCAGUUUGUUGUUUGUGCUGUAAUGCCAAACUGGAGCUUGGAAUCUUAGUGGACAUACAAAGGUAGCUGACACCUUGACAGCUGUUUCGGACUUUUGGCAACUAUUGAUUUAAAUUAUAUGUAUACAUUUGACUUCAGAUGAAUUACUUGUUUUUUCUAGUAAACUAUAGGCUUUUCCAGUAAGAUAGAAUUGUCCAUCCUUUUGACAGCUGAAAGUCAUGCUGGUGGUGUUAGUUUAUGGUGAUUCAAAAGCUGACCGCUAGAAGGAUUGCAGACUGUGUUUUGUUUUGAUUGAAACAACUAGCAAUCAUGGGUAAUUUGCAAGUAGGAGAAGAUCGUAGGGUGGGGAUUCAAUCUGUUUUGGCUUCACAAACUAAUCUUGUAUGUUGGCUAAAUGGAUUAGUGUGCAACUGAAUCAAUAUGUGUAUGCCCAAAAGGAAAUUGGGUCUAUUGACGUGCAUGGUGUGAAUGAUCAAGUUUCGAUUGAGUAA